AUUCUGCAAUCAACAUAUAGUGGCUCAACAUCUCUAUCCUAGAUUAUCUACACUUCUACAUACAUAUACUAGUAGGAGCAUAUCAAAUACAUCAUCCUAUCCAAACUACUACUCACUAUCCAACUGUACCUCAUUAUUGAUGGUUUUUCGAUACAAAAUUUAUAGUUGAACUCAAGAGAAUUCAGUGUUGCAGAGGAUGAUGAAGCUCAGUUCCUUCUGUUUGUUCCUCACUCUCACUCUUCUCCACAGGGUUUUUACUAUUUCCCAAAUUGUAGAAGCAACAGAGGUUGCUCUUACACCUCCUAGGGGAUGGAAUUCUUAUGAUUCAUUCUGUUGGACAAUUUCAGAAGAAGAGUUCCUUCAGAAUGCUGUGCUUGUUGACAAGUUAUUGCGGCCUUCGGGAUAUGAGUAUGUUGUGGUGGAUUACCUUUGGUAUAGAAGGCUUGUGCCUGGAGCCUACGUUGAUUCUCUUGGUUUUGAUGUGAUUGAUGCAUGGGGAAGAAUGAUCCCUGAUCCGGUACGAUGGCCGUCAGCUAGAGAUGGGAAGGGGUUUACUGAAGUGGCCAAGAUAGUUCAUAUGAUGGGUUUGAAAUUCGGGAUUCAUAUAAUGAGAGGUAUAAGUACACAAGCGGUUAAUGCAAACACCCCUAUCCUCGACAUUAGAACGGGGAAAGCUUAUGAAGAAUCUGGUAGGAAGUGGUACGCUAAGGAUAUAGGAAUGAAAGAGAGGGCUUGUAAGUGGAUGAAGAAUGGAUUCAUGAGCGUUGACACAAAGUUGGGUGCUGGAAGGGCAUUCUUGAGGUCGCUCUAUCAACAGUAUGCUGAUUGGGGUGUUGACUAUGUGAAGCAUGACUGUGUCUUUGGUGACGACUUGGAUAUCAGUGAGAUAAGAGUCGCUUCAAAGUUCUGGCGGGAACGUAAUAGCUCAAUCAUAUAUUCCUUGUCUCCUGGAACUGGUGUCACUCCAACCAUGGCAAAGGAGAUAAACAAUCUGGUCAACAUGUAUAGGAUAACAGGAGAUGAUUGGGAUUUGUGGCAAGAUGUAGCAUCCCAUUUUGACAUUUCAAGAGACUUUGCUGCUGCGCAUAUGACAGGAGCCAAGGCCUUGUCAGGGAAAUCAUGGCCCGACCUAGAUAUGCUGCCACUAGGAUGGCUCACUGAUCCAGGGGUGAACCACGGUCCAUAUAGAAACUGUAAACUCUCUCUAAAUGAGCAGAAAACUCAGAUGACUUUGUGGUCUAUGGCCAGAUCCCCUCUAAUGUUUGGAGGGGAUAUGAGAAGUAUUGACAAAAGCACAAUUAGAAUCAUUGCACAUCCUGUUCUUUCGGAAAUAAACUCCUUCAGCUCAAACAACAAGCAGUUUCCUUAUAUUACUAGUCAAUCCAGCUCCCAAAUAAAAUAUAAAGGACUUAACUUCCAAACAAGAAGUCUGAAAAAUGUGGGCAGAUCAGGAUCAAUUGGUUUAAGGCUAACAAGCUGCAAAGAUGCUUCGGCAAAAGGUUGGUUCACUAGAUAUCUUAAUAAUGAACCAGAACAAGUGUGCUGGAAAGGACACGUCGGAAGCAAAUAUCAGGCACCUUUUUGCCUAAACAAGAGAGGAGCUUUUUCUACAUCGGGCGAGCAGAUGACCUUCAAGCGCAGAUAUCAACACCAUUUUUAUCUGUUUGCAGAAAACACAAGAAAACUUUGCUUGAGUGCUUCUCAAAACCGGAGGCUUACUUCAAAAGAGAUCUCGCGAAUCUCAUUUUCACCCUGCAGACCGCAUACAAACCAAUUGUGGAGUUUUGACGAGAAUGGAACUCUUGUUAGCAGUUAUUCUGGUUUAUGUGCAUCUAUGUCCAAAAUUAAAGAUAAUGUCGUUCCCAUGGGAACCCGAUCUUGGAUUUCUACCGGAAGGAAAGGUGAAAUAUUUCUUGCUUUGUUCAAUUUAAAUCCCGAUGAAACCACCAUAUCGGUGAAGAUGUCAGACCUGUCGAAGGGACUUCCAUACAGUAACUGGACCAUUUCCUCAUGCGGUGCCUAUGAAAUAUGGAGAGAUAAAUAUUAUGGAAUUAUAAAGAAGACAUUAUCAGUAGCAGUCGAAACUCAUGGAUGUGCACUAUUUGUGUUGAGAUGUAUAUAAACCACAAGUCCACAGCUAUGUAAUGGCUCUAUAAGAGAGUCUGAAAUUGUCAAGAUGAAUCUGAUAUGUAUCAUAUGAGCUCUCUCCAGAAAUGUAGCUGUAUAUUCACUAUUAUAAUAAAACAUAUUUGAUGUUUUUUUGAA